GCCUUCGAUUUUUGUCUUGGCAAAGUAUUCGAUUGAAAUUUCUGUUCUUGAGAAGAAGGCUGAAAAGCAUUCUUGAAAUUCCAAAAUGUCGACAGCGUCUCGCCUUCUUGUAGGAGGCGAGCGUACCUCUGGGCAGAGUGUGCGAACUCAAAAUGUGAUGGCUGCAGCAGCAAUUGCCAACAUAGUCCGUAGCUCCUUGGGUCCUGUCGGUUUGGAUAAAAUGCUGGUUGAUGAUAUCGGGGAUGUUACCAUAACUAACGACGGAGCUACAAUCUUGAAACUCCUGGAAGUUGAACACCCCGCUGGUAAAAUUCUUUGUGAGUUAGCUGAGCUGCAAGACCAGGAAGUUGGAGAUGGCACGACCUCAGUUGUUAUUAUUGCUGCCGAGCUCUUGAAACUGGCUGAUGAGCUUGCAAAGGCCAAGCUUCACCCGACAACCAUCAUCAGUGGAUACCGCGUUGCCGUAAAGGAAGCCACAAAGUACAUCAAUGAGCACCUCACAACUGGCGUUGAGGAGCUUGGUCGUGAGUGCAUUGUCAAUGCUGCCAAGACAUCAAUGGCAUCCAAGAUUAUCGGAUCCGAUGCAGAUUUCUUUGCCAACAUGGUGGUAGAUGCCGUUACAGCUGUCAAGAGGACCAAUGCUAAAGGAGAGGAGAAGUACCCGAUCAAGUCCGUCAAUGUACUCAAGGCCCAUGGUGGUUCGAGUGGCGAGAGUGUCCUGGUCAAGGGCUAUGCACUGAACUGCACCGUAGCAAGCGAGGGUAUGCCCAAGUAUAUCAAGAAUGCGAAGAUUGCUUGUCUUGACUUCAACUUGCAGAAGGCAAAAAUGGCCCUCGGCGUCCAGGUUCUUGUUGAUGACCCAGAGAAACUCGAUGGCAUCAGACAGCGUGAGUCCGAUAUCACCAAAGAAAAGAUCCAGAAGGUGCUUGCAACUGGUGCCAAUGUCAUCCUUGUCAGUGGCGGUAUCGAUGACCUCUGCAUGAAGUACUUUGUGGAAGCUGGUGCCAUGGCUGUGCGACGUUGCAAGACCGCUGAUCUCAAGCGAAUUGCACGUGCCACUGGAGCUACUCUACUGUUGAGCAUGACAAACCUUGAAGGAGAGGAUGUAUUUGAGGCAUCCUGUCUUGGCACUGCUGAGGAAGUCAUCCAGGAACGAAUUAGCGACGAUGAGCUGAUCCUGAUCAAGGGCACGAAAUCCCACUCAUCCUCGUCCAUCAUCCUUCGCGGUGCCAACGACUUUAUGGUUGAUGAGAUGGAGCGCUCAAUUCACGACUCGCUCUGUGUAGUGAAGCGUGUGUUGGAGAGCCAAAAGGUUGUGGCCGGUGGUGGUGCUGUGGAGACAGCACUAUCCAUCUACUUGGAGAACCUGGCCGAGUCCAUUAACUCCCGUGAACAGCUUGCUAUUGGCCGGUAUGCCGAUGCACUGCUCGUCAUCCCCAAGUACUUGUCAGUGAAUGCUGCUCAGGAUUCCUCCGACCUGGUGGCCAAGCUGCGUGCAUAUCAUCACAGGUCACAAACCGUCCAGGACCAGCAUCACCUGCGCUUUAUGGGACUGGACCUGGUUAACGGUGUUCCACGCGACAACUUGAAGGCCGGUGUCUUGGAGCCAGCAAUCAGCAAAGUGAAGACACUGAAGUUGGCCACCGAGGCAGCCAUCACCAUCUUGAGAAUUGAUGACAUGAUCAAGCAGGAUCCAGAGGAACCCAAGGAUGAAGACCGCUGUGGUUAGGUGGUCUAACUUAUGGCCGGGGCACCACCUCCCGCCAUCUUCUUGCAGUCAUACUAACCAGAAAUAUCAUGAAACAAAUACUUCUCUCUAACUACUCACUCCACACCUUUCUUUAUGGAGAAAUUUCAUGGCAAAUACUGGACGGGCAGGAUUUUUUUAGGCUCUGGACCUGGUCGUGAAAACUAUUCUUCUCUUGCCUGGGAUGACCAACUUAUGGCUGGGGCACCACCUCCCGCCAUCUUCUUGCAGUCAUACUAACCAGAAAUAUCAUGAAACAAAUACUUUUCUCUUACUCACUCCACACCUUUUAUGGAGAAAUUCCAUGGCAAAUGCUGGACGGGCAGGA